CCGAGAAGAUUGUUUGGCAGUGAAUGAGAAUUUUGUGAAUGGAGAAAACAGCGAGCGAACAGAAACGCGAGCAAGGCAACAACUUCAUCACGCGACUCUCACGUGAAUGUGUCGGCGCGUGAAGGCGUCCACUAGUCCAUGCCGUCAUUCAGCAACCACACAUGCACGGCCAUGCUUCAAUGUACUUGGUCGUAAGAACUACUUUGAGACUUUUGUGUUGUUGAGCAUCCGGGGUAGUAUGCAUGUUGCCGGUAUUGCCGCGCGUUUAUUGGUUGCAAGGUCGACCCCCAUCACAGCAUCAAGCCUGCUCCUCCUUUAUCUUCGCGUCCUCCGUAGACACUGCGGUGAGGAGCGAGUCGGCAAGGUCUUGAUCGGAUUCUUCGGGGGUGUGCGUGCUUGCCUGGGGCGCAGUCUCCGUGGUAGACUUCUGGUUCCGUUUCGCAGCACGACGUUGGCGUCUGACGCGCUGCAGUUGCCAUGUUACUCACAGUCUUCGCCCGAUGGGGUUCGCUACCCGACAAACCCUGCAAUCUUCACACGUCUGCAGCAGUCUGCCAGCCUUCAUAAAACUUGAAGGGGGUUUGUGUUUCGCACAAUCUGUGCAGCAUUGGUCAUCGGCCAUGGUGUGAAGUCGUGAUUUGCCAGCGGAAAUUGAGCGAGAAGGAAUGAGUCUAACGAGCGAGCCUGCGAUAAAGGAGCGGGUAAUCGCUUCGGGACGGCGGUGGAGAGACGAG